GUGUCAAUCUAUUGCCGGAAGUGAAACCUCUUUGCUUACAAACUGGCUGUAUUGCCACAAGGCAUCCAUAGCUAAGAAAUCCUGCUAUCCUUAGGGAGUUUUUGAUAUUGCCAAAUCACUGCAAAGAGUUAUAGUGCCUUCAAAUAAAUUUACCAUGAAGCCGCAGCUGACUGGUACAAAAACGCGCCCCAAAGCAGCCGGAGCUGACCCUGAUCGGUCUCUGCAAGAGGAGCUGAUUGCAGCGAUACAUGGAGCGUUUGAAGUGGCUGUGGAGAUCGCAGUUCGUGAGGUGACAAAGCUUGUAGGUCGGGCAACAGGAGACGUCUACGAAGAGCUGCGACGAGAGAACGAGUCCCUCAAACAAAGGCUGCAGAGAGCCGGAGCUAUGCUGGACUCUGCGCGCAUGGAGGAAAGAGGUGGCAGCUCUCUUCCUACAAAGCAACUCCAGAAUGCCAACAAACCUACAGAUCAACCGCCUCCCCUAAAAUACAAUCCCAAAAGCCCAAAUCCCAAAGUAGGCAACGUGCACCGUUGCACGGGGAUCCGAGGUGACUCUCCUCCUGCAGGUCACAGCCGUGCGCACCAGCCUCCUGACCCCCAGCAUGAGGAGCAGAGAUCAUGCCAGUAUCUCAGUGAUGCUGCUUCAGAGAAAGAUGAUGGGUGUGCUGUUUGUGAUGCUUUGACUAACGAAGCUGGCAAAGAGAUCUCCCGUGUAUGUAUGGUGAGUGUAGAAAGCAUUAACCCACCAUGUCUAGGCCUGGCAGUUCAAGACCGCGACUCGCCACCACUUCCCAGCGGGGAUGACAAGUCCACUUUUGGGCAUGUCAUGGUAAAGCAAGAGAAGCCAGAAGAGGAGGGAGAUGAUUCAGCAUGCUGUUUAGACUCUCUCAAAAUGGAGGAUUUUAGCCCGGAGGAUUUUAGCCCGGAGUGUAUGUCAGCGGUCCAGUCCAAAAUGCUGGAUGAGUGGAAACCAGAAGUGCUGGAUAUUCAGAGCCAAGACUCAAAUGCUCCUCUGUCCUGCAGCAGGCUGGCUCAGGAGUUCCCAAACAUCUUCCAGCUGGCAGAACCAGCUCCCAUCCCAGAAGCCUCUCCACAGGUCUAUGGAGUCCAUGUGCGGACCAGCCGCAACCUGGGCCACACCCACACCAACCUCUACGCCUGCAAGUCCUGUGGCCAGACGUUCCCCCUGCCCAGCUUGCUGCGGCGGCACUUCGGCCAGUGCCAGCAGAAGCUCCAGCAGCGUCUUAAGCAGCCCUUAGAUGGAAGCAAGAGGAGCAGAGUGCAGCUUUACCCACCAGGCUGCAGCCCCUUCCGCUGCACAGAGUGCAACCGAGAGUUCAACCGCAUGGAGAACCUCAAGACUCAUCUCCGCAUCCACACGGGAGAAAGGCCGUACACCUGCUCGGUGUGCUCAAAGUGUUUCCGUCACUCUGGGGCGCUAACCAGGCACUUCCGCAUCCACACCGGAGAGAAGCCUUACAUCUGCGCACAGUGUGGGAAGUCAUUCAGGAACUGUGGGGGGCUUAAAUUCCACCAGCGUUCACACAGCAAACAGUAGUUACUUUUUUUUUAAUGUGGGAUAAAAACGGCUGAUAUUAUGUAAUAUGUUUUUAGUACUUACUUACUGGCUAAUAUCAGAUUUUAAAAUUAUUAGUGGCUCACCUAUAUUGGUCUAACCUUAAAUGAUAAUGUUAUGUAAUAGGUGACAUUUUAUAACGGGGAAGACCUGUUAGGUGAAACGGUGUAGACAGGAGAUGUCUAUACCGUUUCACCUAACGGGUCUUCUCUUUGAGAUCACAGGUAUUGCUCUCAACCAGAAAGUAGCAUCUCAACAAGUUAUAGGAACUGUCAAGUGCAUCAUAUUGAGGUCAAACCAUAAAUUAUUCCGCUACUGAAACAAAUACAAUUAGCUUUGUCUGAGUGACGUUCUAUAAAUAAUUGUCCUCAUUAGUAGAAUGGACCAAGUAGAAAUAUAGAUACUGUAGCUAUGUGAUCGGCCACUAUUGUAUACACUGGCUCGGUAGCACAUAUGAAAUGUGUGGAAUCUUUCAGUGUAAUUCUAAAUGCAGUUUUUGAUUAUUGAAGAAAAUCUGUUCUUAUUCAUGACAUCUUGUUUUUCUAAUUGUGUGUGUCUGAUGUAUCCAAAUAUGCAUUUUAUUUUUACUACACUGUGGAACAUUUUAAUUAAAAGUGUGGGUUUGCUGAAGUGGAUAAAUUGUUUUAUCAACAUGCAUAUUAUGGAAGCCUAAUAGGCUUGAGGUCUAAUUUUAAUGUGUGAUUUGGUCAUAUGUGGAAGGUAACAAACAUUUUUUACUCAAGCCACUGAUCCAGGGCCAGAUUGACAACCGCCUCUGCAGAGUCCCAGUUCACUUCACAAAGUUAGUUGUUCAAUGUUGAUGCGUGUUCAGAGUCAGACAGCAGCCAGGUUUGAGAGUAGUGGAGGAAAGAUGAUCUGUGGACCUUCAGAUUGCCAGUAGAGGGUGACAAAGCUUUAGAUAUAUCACUAUGUAAACCAUGAACUGUAAUCGCAAUCUUGUAGUCAAAUAAUAAAGGUUAGGAAAUGUUAUGUUAAUAUUGGUAAUCUAAGCGUUUAGACAGUGUCUUUGCACGUAUCACUUAUAAGUAACAAUUACGGAACUGUGCAACACUGUCAACCAAACCAGAAAUAUGCCAAUGUUGAAUUACAAAUCUGUCACAGGAAAUCCAGCUUGCCUAAGCUCUUGUGCAUUUGUAGUUCACAGGACAUUGCUGUCAGUCACAAAUCGCAGUUCUCAAAAUCUGUAUAAUCAACGUUCUACUAUCCAUGCAGUAACCACUGAGAUAAUAUACUGUGAAGACUUGUGAAUGUAGAUUUACUAUUGUUUGACAGGCAGCUAAUUCCACUCCUCCCUACCUCACUAAAAUUCUCUCUCCCAGGUACACACACACUAAAUGUUUGCAUUAAUGUGUCGGACCCAUUACAUCUUCAUGGAACUACAAAUGAGGUACUAUUGAGCUUGCAAAACAGUUUAAUUAAAGCUUAAUGAAAUGAU